AUGUCCCUCUACUACGUCUAUGCACGCUACCACCCCACAAUCCCCACCGACCCACCCACAAUACUUCGCUACCUCAUUACCUGCGCCUCCCGCGACCAUGCCAACGCCUUCUAUCGCCACUUGUUGGCGCGCAUGCGCUUCUCACGCGUCUCGGCCCAGUUCUGGGCCUACGACCCCGUCGACCCCAACUUCGGCAUGCAGCAGACGCUCGACGACUCCACGCUCCCCGACGACAUCCGCCGCGGCAUUAUGAUCAGCCGCCUGCCCGAGCCUGAUACAACCACGGGGUGGGUCCAGGCGCCGGUGCAGGCUGGCCGUGAUUGGAUCAGUGGCCGCACAUACUUCAUCCGCAACGUGCGCCAGCCGGACGUGUACUGGUACCAUCCCGGCUGCGGGGAUGAGCGCAUUCUGGCAUCGCGGUGGCAGAAGACAAAGUUCUUUAUAAGGAUGUCGGAUGCGGAUGAGGGGGAGACAGGCACGGUGUUGAUAAAGAGUGAUAAGAUACGGGUGACGACGGCGUCGGGAGAGGGGAAGGGGAUGGUGGUGAGGAGGGGGGAUGAGGGGCGGGUAGUGGUGGUGAAGCCGUCGGCGAAGGAGGUGGCGACGGCGGUGGGUGACUUUACGUUUGGUGAGCUGGCGGAGAUGCACUUGGAUGAUUGGGAGCUGUGUUAG